UUCAAUCAGUUCGUGGUACAGCGUCGCUCAGUCAGCAUCCUUACUCUUCUUGCUUGAUCGAUUUGGAUCAUUCUAACCACCCGGAGACGAAAACGAAAUCAGCAUGAAGUGUUACUGCCUCAUGGUUUUGGCCUGUCUCGCCGCAGUGGCUGCAGCCGAAGAAUAUUACAGUGGGAAAUUGGACAACGUGGACACGCACAGGGUUAUUAAUAACGAUAGACUCCUCGAGAAGUACAAGAAAUGCAUACUGAAUAAGGCGGAAACUGGAUGCCCUCAGGACGCGUUGGAGCUAAAAAAGGUUUUCCAGGAGGCGCUGGAAACAACGUGUGCCAAGUGCUCGCCACAACAGCAAGAGAAAAUCAAAGACACGCUCGGGUACUUGUGCAAGAAGAAGAGACAUGUUUUCGACGAAAUCCUCGCAAAGAUCGACCCGGACCAAAAAUAUCGUGCUGCGUUCGAAGCGAAAUUCGGGAAGCUUGAGGGAUGCCCUUCAACAUAGAUUUCCGGAAAACUCGAGACUUAAAAUGAUAUAUUAAUCGACGAGUCUCGCGCUAAUCUUAUCUUAGUUGUUUUGUUUUGUUUGAUUUUGUUUUUCCUGAAUUCGAGCGUACGAUUAAUUAAUAGUGUAAUAAAACAUUUUUGCUCUUA